GAAGCCCUUCAAAGGUGAAGGCGUCCAAAGUGGAUGGGCUCGCCCUCUUGGAGGCGGUGAGUAUGUCCACGAUAUUUUCAAUCGCUAUGUCAAGGGUGACCAAAUAUGUAUUGUUUUUCGGGGUCACUAUCGACUUGCAUGACCCUGUGAGCAUCACCAAGCUCCGCUCUUCCGCUCAAGAGUGCUGGUGCUGGUUCCGCUCCCAAAUUCCUACCAUCGCGUCAUCCAUCCUAAAUGAAUCAGAUCACAAGCUGCCCACGUUGAUCUAUACAACUGCAAGUCCGCAAGAGAUCAGCCAGUGGGCUCAGCGCACUCUCAUUAUCCAUCCACCCUCACAUAUCGACCUCGCCCAAUUACGGGUCAACGAGGGUCAGAAGAAGGUCCCUUCAUCUGAUGGAGACUAUACACGGAUGCAUCUUGUCCCUGGCGAAAUCGUUAACGGGGCGGUCUCCAAAUUCGGUCUGCUGUUUCAUACCCAUCAUUCGCUGUUCGAUGGCACAGGCUUAAAGAUCGUCAUGAAUCGCUACCUCACACAAUUGGCGAAGGUGCUCUCCGACUCCUACAGCGGAUCCGAGUUCGUCGAAUGGGGAAAUGAGUUUAAAAACCUUCCUCCGGCAGUCUACAACAUCCUAAACUCCAAAGAAGCGCUUCCUAUUCCGCCAGACUCGCUGGAGGAACCUAGCUUUGACCACGAUUACUACAAGUCCCUUACAGCAGGAGUCGUUUCUGCCUUGGGCACGACAAAGGAUACAUACGGAUUUAGCGCUCGCCCUAAAGAUACAGAGUGGCCGAAGACGCGUCGCGCCGAGGUCUCCUUCACGAGGGAAGAAUCAGAACGAAUCCUUACUGCCUCGAAGAUCUCUGGGUUCACAAUUACACACCUUGCCCAUGCUGCUUUAGCAAUGGUCGCCAUAGCUGAUAAUCCACCCAAUUUGGCGUCUUCUUCCCACUACUUGAACAGCCCAUCUCUGGCUAAUUUCCGAGGCCGGUUGGAUCCCAAACAUGUGCUACAUCCAGGCUAUGCCAUUGCUAUUUUUAUGACCAGGAUUCCGGUGUCAGCAUUCUUGUCCCCUGACGGAGGUGUCUUGCCAUUAGACAGAGACAUGCUUCUACAAGUAGCAGACAUAGCCAAGGAACAGUAUCGAACCAUCACAGAAUUGCCCGCUGGGUUGAGUUGCAUGCCGCAGGUUGCUGAAGCAUUCGCCAUGGUCACCGUGCCGGCUGCAUCUGCAAACAUAUUGCCACCCGACCAGUGUUACUCAUUUUCCAGUGACGGCAGAGGAGAAAAUUACUUGAAUCCCACUUUCGCGGAUGACACUGGGAAACCCAUCCUUUCGGUGAACAAGUUCUUCACAUCUCUGAACAGAUUCGACCCCGGCCCAUUCUUCCGUCUCUCUUCUUGGGGAGGCGUAGUUGACCUUGGCGCUGAUUACAACUCUAAUAUCGUGAAGACGGAGGAUGCGAUGAAUUACUUGAAUCAAUGGAAGAGGCCAUGUUUAUAUCAUUUGGAACCACAUGAGCAACAUGAAUUAUUUCUGUACAUCAUAGUGGCGCUCCUAGUCAGCCGCGCCAGUCCCCAACUCAGCAUGAAGACACCAAGAGAAUAUAUGAUUCGCAGGUGAUUGUAGC